CAUCUAGUCCGCUUCUAUCCGACGAAGCCUCACUCACACAGCCCUCAGAAACACGUGAAACUAGUGCCGUCCACUUCAAGGAAAACCAAAGAAAGAAAUAUGAUUGCCAAGGUUCUCGUCGCUUUCGUCUUCGCUGUCGCCCUCGCCGUAGGACAGGUGGGCUCUCAAAUCCAGUUCGUAAACCGGCGCCCUAGUGCUGUUGUAGCAGCCGGCGGAGGUCCAGGCGUACCCGUGUCCGAGCCCGUCUACCCGCCGCAGCCGUACAGCUUCGGCUAUGACAACGUGGACGAGUACGGCACGCAGUCCUUCCACAAAGAGGAGAGCGACGCGAACAACGUCAAGACCGGGUCGUACGGCUACCGCGACGCCAACGGCACCUUCCGGAAGGUGACCUACGUGGCCGACGCCGAUGGCUUCCGGGCCACCGUCGACAUGAACGAGCCAGGAACCGUCACUGGCCACACUGCCGACGCGGUCUUCAGCUCCAAGCAGGCCCAGCACCUCGGCGUGGCCAAGGCGGCGUCAGGUCCGGCCCCGGCCUACGCUGUACCGGUCCAGGCACCGUUUUCUCAAGGACGGCCAACGCGUGUUAUCUUUACGAAUUAGCAUACCAAGAAAGAAUG